CUUUCAGGUGAGACCGACGAGCAGGAGUGAUUAUCGGACCGGUGCUAUUGGGCUUUUGGGCUUCUAUCGCUUUUAUCGUUAUUGGGCUUUUAGGCCUUUGGGCUUUUAUCGUUUAUGUUAUUUCUUAUUUCAGACUUAUACCGUUAUCUAUAUUUCGGAUGUUAUUUUAUAUUAUGGAUUUCCAGCGUGGACGUUGACUUUUAUAUUUAUAAAUGGAGAUUUCAGAAACUAUAAUUUAUCGCAUCAUUUUAUUAUUAUUUCGAAAGUGACGGGUGUCACAGUUUUGGUAUCAGAGCGGGGUUCCGUCCCGGCUCCGACCCGGGAUGGCGAUUUUUGGAGAUCUGGUUUUAUUCGGUUUUAUUCGGUUUUGACGGUUUUAGACGAUUUCAAAAUAUUUUCGGGGAUUUGGGAAUUUUGAAAAUGAAAAUAAAUAGCACAUUUCCGUUCGAUAUCACUUCUCCUUAAAUGUUGGUAUCAAAAGUUCAGCCUAAGUUAACUUUUCGCUUUCCUUUCAGAUGCCGCCAAGGAGAAGAACCACUCGUGCCCAGACCGCCAGAGCUGUUAGAGACGAUGUAGAUGAGCAUGAGCAGCCUGCAGUUCCGCCACCCGCGGCUCCACCAGUUGAUCAGGAUGCAUUGAGACAGAUGGUGCAGGAUGCUGCUAGACAGGCCGCUCAGGAGGCACUUCAGCAGAUUGCCCAGGAGGCAGCUAGGCAGGCCGCUCAGGAGGCUGCCCGAGUAGCUGCUCAGGAGGUUGCUCGUCAGAUGGCUGCAGUUCAGCAGGCUCCUCAGGUUCAGGUGCAGCAGGGUCCACAGAUUCAGGUUCAACAAGUUCCACCGGUUCAGGUCCAGCAGGAUCAGCAGAUUCCCGCUCAGCAUGAUCAUCAGGAUCCCGUUCAGCAGGUUCCCCUUCCUCAGGUUCCACUGCAGCACGGACCAGCUCAGCAGUUUGCUCAUGGUGUUCAGGAUCUACCACCACCACCACCGCGACCUCAUGUUUACCCGGUUUAUGAUGAGAGGUUCUACAGGCUGACGCGUCAGAUGAGGAACAUGGAUAUGGAGCAUUUUAGUGGGACAGUGGAUGCUGUAGCUGCACAUGAUUGGAAGUUAGCCUUGCAGCGGAAGCUGGAGAUUAUUGAGUGUCCACCAGAGUUGUCGCUCAGAUUGACUAUGCAGUACCUUCGUGGAGAUGCUCUUAUAUGGUGGGAGGGAAUACGAUUAAGUCACCUUGGGGCAGAGAGGCUUACCUUCGCAGACUUCAUCCGAGAGUUCGAUAGGAAAUACUUUCCGAAGGAAGCUAUGGAUAGGAAGAAAUGCGAGUUCGAGCAUGUAAGCCAGGGUGAGAUGUCUAUCAGGGAGUAUGAGGUUGUGUUUAACCAACUUCGCAGAUUUGCUGGAGAGGGCAUUUUAGAGGAAGACCUGAUGAGGAAAUUUUUGAAUGGGAUGCGAGUGGAGAUUCGCAACAGGUGCCGUGUCGUCACUUAUCACAGAUUGGGAGAUUUGGUGGAGAAGGCUGCCGAGCAGGAGGCACGUUUGGCAGAGGAGCAGAAGUACUCCAAGGCAGUUCAGCCUAAGUUUGGAGGGACUUCAGAGGCACAGCAGAGGACAUGGGACAAACCGAGCAUACAGUGCUUUUAUUGUGGAAAGAUGGGACAUAAGAGUAGGGUUUGUCGGAGUAGGCUAUUUGAUGCCCAGGUUGCACCACCAGCAGCAGCAGCAGCACCAGUAGUGGAUGUUAGAAACUGUUUUGGUUGUAACCAGCCUGGUCACAUUUUCAGAGACUGUCCGAGGAGGGGUAAUGCAGCACUUCCACCACCACCGAAGCGUCUAGCCAUCGCUCCACGUGCGUUUGCGGUUGGAGAUCCCCAUGGAGCUGAGCCGAUAGCGGGUAUGUGUUCUUAACAUACUUGCUUGUGUUAAUAUUUGUGGUUUUGUGGUUAUCUUGUAUAGUUCGAGAUUAGUGAAUCUCGUGUAUGAUUGGUUGUGGUUGGUGUGAGUUACCUCACACCUUAUUUGACUUAAGAGCUUUUCAUAGUUUUGUGAGUUCGCGUUUGGUUAAGUUUUAGUUUUUUUUGGGGGCUCUUCUAACCGAAAGAUAAGCAGAUUCAGAUUGUUGUUAUGGAGAGCUUGGGAACGAUCAAGAUUCAUCGCGAUGUACCUGUUAUCAUUUGAGUAUUAUGAUGGUAUCGUCGAGGUUUUUAUGGUGGGUCUAGUCGUACACCACUUUGUUGGACCAAAGUGGGGGAGAGACGUGAGAUAGAACCAGCAAUGAUUCAAGAGACGGUAGAGCAAAUGGAAAUGCUCGAAGCAUGGGUUAGGAAGCCCAUGACCGUCAGAAGAGUUACGUGGAUAAGCGCCGUAAGAUUUGGAUUUUGAAGUUGGCAACCUAAUAAAUCUGAAGGAGGAUGUUUCAAGAAGAAUCAAAGACUCGGAAUCUAAAGAAGCUUAAACCAAAAUAUAUGGGAUCAUAUCUCUUUAUUGGUCAGCAAGUGAAAUCAGUCUAGGGAGUGGUGACCAUGUAUCUAGUGACCAUGUUGGUCAAGGUUCGUUGGGAGGAAUAGGAUUCAAGAGGAGACCUGAGCCGAGCAAGGAUUAGUAUUCGAGGUUUUGUUACGAUGACAUUGGACAUGUCAGAUUAUGACUUGAAUUCGGGGACGAAUUCCUUGUAAGUGGGGGAGAAUUGUAACGAUCCAAAUUUCGGUCUCGGAACUCGUUAGCUGGCUAAGGCCCAAGCAAUACAUCAAAACUAAAAUGUUUGUUUAUAAAUACCCCAUCUUCACAUUGUUUUCUCCACCUGCAUCAAAAGAAAUCAGAAAAGUUAGAGAGAAGAAAAAGUGAAAAAGAGAGAGAGUGAGAGAAAGAAAGAUAGGAACCACUGCAUGCUGCCACCAGGAGUCCUCGCCGGAGCCACCGCACGCCAGGACAUCGUCAAGCUCGUCAUCACCAUCAACCGCAGCUGAGUAUCGUCGGAAACCGCCGCCUCUUAAGCUUUGUUUUCGUCCGUUCAGUAUAUCGGCCAUAUCUUCUUAACCGUUGAGAAUCUCGCGCAUGCAGAGCCACCAUCGUGUUCCUCUCGUCGAGACGAAGCCGUAGCCACCGACCACGCCGCAAUCGGAGUCCGGACGAAGCCGCUAGAGCCUCCGGAAGUUUCGCCUCUGUGCGCGCGUGCGUUUCACGCGCCACCGCCGGAAAUCGUCUCCGCCGCUUUAGCCGCCGUCCUCCGCCGCCGAACCACCGCCUCACCACCACCGGAACGCCGUCGCUGCCGCCGUGCUCCGCCUUCUGUCGCCGCCGUCGUCCGCCGUCACCACCGAUUUGGAGUCUAUUUGAGCAUCUGGAGUUCAUAGGGACCACUUCUUCUUGUUGCUAAGGUGAGGGCUACUCCGUUAAAUCCCGAGCUAGUUUAGUACUACCAUUAUGGAAAGUUUAGUUUCGAAACAUGAUCCGUCUCUGUGAAUCGAGUCUGUUUGAGAGUCUUGCUUGUUCAUUAUUGAUAUUGAUUGUUAACCGGAAUUAGGAUAAUAGAGGAUUCAACGAUUGUGUGAAAUGAUUGAUGCUAAGAACUGCUAUAUAUAUGUAUAUACAUAGUUAUGAGUAGGGAUUAUGUGAUGAGGGCGUGAGUUCAGAGAUGUCUGAGCUUCGACGCUACGGUGUGGUAUGGGCGUGAGUUCAGAGAUGUUUGAGCUUCGACGCUACUGUUUGGGGCGUGGUGCAGAGACGUUUGCAUUCGACGCUACGAUGGGCGGGGGUACAGAGACAGACUGUACUAGCGACGCUUCGAGUAUAUGUAUAUAUCCUUAUGAGGAGAUGCGUGGUGCAUAGAGUAGCUAUGUACUAUAAGCGCAUGAGUUGUAACGGCUAGUCCUCUAGCCGCAUAUUGAUUGUUCUGUGUGGUGUAAUAGGCACCGUGUUUGUUUCAUGCUAGAGCUAUGCCUACAUUUUAGUAGUGCUAUGAACUCAGUCUGUGGUUUGCGGUUUAGCAUCCCAUACCUCGCUGGGCAACUCCCCUGUUGCUCACCCCUCCUUCUUUCCCCCUUUCAGGUGAGACCGACGAGCAGGAGUGAUUAUCGGACCGGUGCUAUUGGGCUUUUGGGCUUCUAUCGCUUUUAUCGUUAUUGGGCUUUUAGGCCUUUGGGCUUUUAUCGUUUAUGUUAUUUCUUAUUUCAGACUUAUACCGUUAUCUUUAUUUCGGAUGUUAUUUUAUAUUAUGGAUUUCCAGCGUGGACGUUGACUUUUAUAUUUAUAAAUGGAGAUUUCAGAAACUAUAAUUUAUCGCAUCAUUUUAUUAUUAUUUCGAAAGUGACGGGUGUCA